UUGACAUUGACCUUACCUGACAGUGUUGAGACACAAAGUUUAUAUCAAAAAAUCGUGUUGUGGUUGCAUAACUUGGGCGCAAUUGUUACCCGAAAACCCUCAUAAAAGUCAUAGCUCCAUUCCAACAUGCCUACCGUCAUUCUUGGAGGAGGUAUCAUUGGAUCCUCAAUUGCCUACUAUCUUUCUCAAAGCCAACCGCAAGAAGAAAUUCAUGUCGUUGAAUCGGCAUCUGAGCUGUUCUGCUCUGCCUCUGGCUACGCUGCUGGCUUCCUAGCAAAGGAUUGGUUUGCACCUUCUCUCGCGCCAUUGGGAGAGCUGUCAUUCAACCUACACGAGUCCCUUGCUGCUGAGCACGGAGGAAGGCAGAAAUGGGGUUACAUGAAAGGUGUGGCGUUGAGCUUAGGCUCCGUGAACAACCAAGGAGGUGCUCGUGGCGACGAUUGGCUUCGUGCAGGUACAAGUCGCGCAGAGACAGCCGCAGGCACAAGUCAGUACGGGGAACCCGAGGUACCAGAAUGGGUGACACGGCAGCAGGGGGCGAAGGUAGAGCAAAUCAGUGAUAAGAAUACCACCGGUCAAGUAUUCCUCAUGGACAGCUGCACGUCACGAGGUGUCAAGCUCCACUACCCAACAAAAGCGUCGUCUCUGGUCAAAAACGAGGCUGGGACCAUCACCGGCGUCAGGCUCGUGGACUUAAACACCAAAUCUGAAUCUACUAUCCCCUGUACAAAUCUGGUUGUCUGCGCUGGACCGUGGACACCGCAGGUCUUCCGUGACCUGUUCCCAUUCUCCAAAGUUGCACUUCCCAUCUAUCCACUCGCUGGAUAUUCUCUGGUUCUCCAUUCUCCUAGACAUACUCUGGAACACGAGCAGGACAAGUAUCAUGGGGAGACCCAUGCGUUGUUCACGACAUGGCCGCCAUCCUGCGGCUUCAGCCCGGAAUUGUUCUCAAGGGAAGGAAGGGAAAUCUACAUUGCGGGUUUGAAUACCAAGACAAUCCCGCUUCCGGAACGAGCGGACGACUCCCAUAAGUCGAUGGACCAGAAAGAGAUGGAUAGACUGAAGGCAGCGUCCGUUCGCCUGCUUGGAAAACUUGCAGAGGGGAGAACGGAAUCGAGCGAUGAAAUUCCGAAUGUCAACGACCUGGAGAUAGUCCGAGAAGGCCUUUGUUUCCGUCCUGCUUCAGAUCGUGGCACACCUUUUGUGGGGAGAAUUGACGACAGCUUGUUAGGAGAGGGCAUCAAGACCACAACAGGAAGCAGGAAGGGUGGAGUGUUUGUUGCUUCGGGUCAUGGCCCUUGGGGAAUCUCGCUUGCCCUUGGAACUGGCAAGGUCAUUGCCGAUUUGGUGGAAGGAGUUCAGCCUGCUGUAGAUAUCAGCGGGCUGGGGGUGAGCCGUAGAGGCUUGGAGCGUAUGUAGUCAGCUUUGCAUCCACAAACGCACAGAGUGGUUAGCUUUCCUCAAUAGAAUAUUAAUUAAGA